UUGGGUUUUUUCUAGACGGGAUACAGUUUAUGUUUAAAAAUGUCGUAACAGGUUAGGAGAAUAUACCCAGCAGUUUAGGAUAAUUAACGUACCGGGUUAGGAGAAUUAGGUUAAUGUUAUGAAAAAGGGUUACGGGUAGCUAAAAUUGAUUUAAAAAAAAUGAUUUUGUUUUACUUUUGACGUUAAUUUGACAUAAAGUGUAUCCCAUCUAGCAGUGACCCGCGCGUCGUCGACUGCAGCCUUGCGUGACAACACCAGAAAAGGGGGAUUCGUGUUUCGCGUAAUGCUGUUUAUUCUGUCUCUCGACUAUUUGUUAUUCUCGAAGGGGGGGGAAUCGUAUAUUUUCACGUUUAAUCGACACGUCGAACAAUGUAAAAUGUUCUAUUUUGUGUUGUAAAGUGGAUAAAAGUUAAGGAAAACCUUGAAAUGGAGGCUUGCUGAGCAAAAUGGCUGGGCGCACUGAAAUGUGAAACAUUUGUAAGGUUAAACAGUAUCAGCAGAAAUAACUGGCACGCAAGGGCGCAGAAAUACCUUAUUUUUCCACCUCUGGAUGUGAAACAUCACUGUAAGCCAUUUGUUAGUGGCAUAAUUUCUAUUUUAUUAAUUAGAUGGUUUUUUUUUUUGUCGAUACCUGCAUUUAUCGAUAUAACUUCGUCGUGUAUUUUUCCAUCGGAUUUCUGCUUGACCGCAUUCUGUUAUUGUCUCGACGCUCAGCUGUGGAUUAAAACACCAGAGAACAACAGCCGACCGAGUCAGGAGUGCUCUUUUUGAUGUGACUAUAUUGUUGUUGUUUUUCGACAGACACUGAUAAAUAUCCCUAAAUAAACCUGCAAUCAUGGGUGAAUUCCUGAAAUACAUCGACUACGAUCACAAGACCAGUUUCCUGAAGAUGUUGAACCAGCAGAGGAUGGAAGGGGACCACUGUGACGUUGUGGUUGUGGUGGAAAACGUUGAGUUCAGAGCUCACCGCUGUGUCCUGGCCGCCUGCAGCAUUUACUUCAAGAAGCUGUUUAAGAAACAGAACGAUGUGGACAACUCCAUCGUGGAGCUCGACUUCAUCCGUUCAGACAUUUUCGAGGAGGUCCUCAAUUACAUGUACACCGCCAGGCUCGCCGUCCGCAAAAAGGACAUCAACCUCAUGAUGUCAUCCGGACAGGUCCUGGGGAUCACGUUCCUUGACAACCUGUGUUCACAGAAACGUGAGCCCAACAUGAAGCCGAGUCGUGAGAACCAGGCGCCAGGGGACGGUAUGAGAGCCCAGGACGCAAUCCUUAAAGAGCUGGCAAUGGAGGAGGUGAGGAAGAACAGCUUCUACGAUGGAGGGAUGGAGGCCAUGGGCUCCGGGGGGCCUCACGGGGUCCCUCCUCACUUCGGCGGGAACAUGUCUAAAGAUCCCCACAGCGCCCACGGCUGGACCUCCUCUUCCUCCUCCUCCAGCGAUAUGAAGCUUGACUACCUUCUGUACGGCCACCGCUCUGACGGCAUCCACCCGGGAAUGAAACCAGGCGGAGACGGCCCCAAGAAAGACAAGUCCCACCUGGCCCACCGUCCGUUCGCUUGUGAGGUGUGCCCCAAAACCUUUACCACCCAGGCCCACCUCAAAGAGCACCUGAAGAUCCACACGGGGUUUAAACCGCACCGCUGCCUGGUCUGUGGCAAGGCGUUCAUACGAGGGCCCGACUUAAAGCGGCACGAGAGGGUCCACAGCAACGAGAGACCCUUCGGAUGCCAGAUGUGUGAAAAGGCCUUCAAGCACAAGUCCCACCUGCGAGACCACGAGCGGCAGCACCGAGGGGAGAGGCCCUUCAACUGCGGCUCCUGUGAAAAGGCGUUCAUCAAAGCGUCCGACCUGAAGCGCCACUGGAACACGAUGCACAGCCAGCGCAGAACGCUGUCCCCCGCAGCCGCCGCCCCGGGCAGCAUCCAGGGAGACGCCGACACGCAGAGCCAGAGGGACUGGAAGCUAGAGGCUGGACCACACUCGUAAGGACAGACUGUUACACACACACACCAAGCAUACAUAGUGACAGACACACACACACCAAGCAUACAUAGUGACACACACACACACACCAAGCAUACAUAGUGACAGACACACACACACCAAGCAUACAUAGUGAGACA